GGGGGGGGAGGUACGAGCAGAUGCCCUCACUGCUAGUUCGCGGCUUUCAGGAAGCGAGCGUGCAUAUUGGAGUGACAUGGCUACGAAUAUCUCAGAGGAAAUCGAGGAAAUCGAUCGAAAGCAGAAUACGGAAGUGGCGAAUAUCAGCGAAUUUCCACCCGAAUUCCUGAUUAAACAUCCAUUGCAAAAUACCUGGACUUUAUGGUAUUAUGAACCCGAUAGGAAUAAAACAUGGGAAGAGAGUCAAAGGGAAAUCACAAGCUUUGAUACAGCUGAGGAUUUCUGGAGCUUGUACAAUCACAUAAAGACAGCCUCCGAGUUAAGGCAAGGUAGUGACUAUAGCAUGUUUAAGCAAGGAAUUCGGCCUAUGUGGGAAGAUGAUCAGAAUAAAUGUGGUGGACGAUGGUUAAUAAAUCUGGAAAAGAAGCAAAGAGCUACGGAUCUAGACAAUUUUUGGUUAGAAAUUCUUCUCUGUAUGAUUGGGGAAGCCUUCAAUGAAUAUUCCGAUGAUGUCUGUGGAGCUGUAGUAAAUGUUAGGACGAAAGGAGACAAACUUGGUGUAUGGACUUCAAAUGCGGACUGUGCGGAUAGUGUAAUGGAAAUUGGUCGCAAACUAAAGGAAAGAUUAAGGAUCACAUCUAAAACAACUAUGGGAUAUCAAGUACAUAGAGAUACUAUGGUCAAAGCCGGCAGUCAAACAAAAAAUACUUAUACACUUUAAAUAUAGCUACAUUCAUAAUAUCAUCCCUGAGUUGUUCAUUAAAAUAUGUUAACGUCAAAAAAAAUCGCCAGAUCAGAUAUUAAUCGUAUAAUUGUUUGGAAGUAUCUCUUUGCAUUAUGUUGAAAGAAAGCAUUAAAUUUUGUUAUUCAAAAGCAUGUUAUAUCAUCGUUGUAGUUCUGUUUUCAUAUUAACAGCAAAAAUUAAGUAAAAAAUCAAUAAAUCGUAUAUUAAAGUGAAAU